AUGCAAAAAGCCCCUAAUGCUAUCCUGUCAAGAGCCAAAGUCAUGGAGACACAGAAUAGAAAACUCCUGGAGGAUAUGGAGAGGAUAGUCAAUAAGGUGAGAAGAGUCUUUGUAGUUACCUAUUUUCUUCUGCAUGACAAAGGGCCUAUUCUGCUGCUGCUCCUGUCUAACCUGCUCCUGUGGGGGAACGUGGCUUCAGAGCCUAAGUGUCAUAUUGUAGAUGGCCGCUGCGAAGUCUUCCUUGAAGAACUAUUUGAGCAUGCCAUCCACAAAUCCAAAGUCAUCCAAGAUAUGUCUUCAGGAAUGUACAACCAGUUUGCUACAAAGUUUGUUAAGCGUGAUAACCUUAUUGUCCAGGCUUUCAGCACCUGCCACACUACUUCCCUCCGUGCUCCAAGAAACAAGGGACAGGCUAACCGGGUCCAACCUCUAAUCCUUCUAAAACUGACACUGAGUCUGGUAAGUUCCUGGAAUUGGCCUCUGAACUAUUUAUUGAUCAAACUGCCUGGUAUGCAAGGAUCCCCUGCAGCUCUCCUAGCAAUGGUCAAAGAGAUUAAAGAAAACAAGGAAGAACUUCUUGAUGACAUUCAUAGGCUACUUAAGAAGGUUUAUCCUGAAGUCCAAGCAAAUGAGGACUACCCUGUUUGGUCGGAGGUUGCAUCCUUGCAGGCAUUAGAAGAAAAGUCUCCCUUUUUGGCUCUUUUUAAACUGGUCCAUUGCCUGCGCCUUGAAACAUACAAGACAAUGGUUUAUAUCAAAGUCCUGAAAUGCCAAAUCAUUUACAACAACAACUGCCCCAGAGAUAGUUCUUGA